UCCCCCGCCCCGCCGCGCCCCCUCAGCAGCGCACCGACCUGGGGCCGCGCCGAGGGCCCUCCCGCUGCGGAGCACGGCGCGCCGGAGCACGGGGGCGGCCAUGGUGCCGAGUCCGGAGGAGGUGGGCGGCGCGGGGAGACGGCGAGCGCCCCGGUCCGCCCCGCCCCGCGGGCCGGGCCGUGAGAUGGCGGCGGUGCUGGCGGGCGGGUCCCGGCGGGCGGCGCGGGAGACGGCGCGGGUCUCGGCGGUUCGCCUGCCCGCCCCGGGCGCCUGGGGCUGCGUGCCCGCAGGGAAGCGGUAUCUGCUAACAGAAGAAGAUAUAAAGUUACAAGAAUUUCAACAGAUGAAAGUGGCAAUUAGGAAUGAAGUUCAUGGCAAUAAAGAUCCAUAUUUUAGAAGUAUUAAAGAAAAACUAAAGAAAAAUGGAAUAAUUCUCAAAAAUGAAUUAAAAAAUUUGCUGCAUUUAUGUCAGACUUCAUCUGAUGUGGAAUUAGCCAGAAAAGUUAUUUACAGGUACCAUGAACAGAAUGGAAUAACAGCCUUACAGAAUUUUAAAUUUGGGCCCCUCUUUAUGAGGCUAUGUUAUGAGCUAGACCUUGAAAGACCUGCAGUAGAACUUAUCAAAGAUCAGAAUUUGCAUGGUUUUUUCUCAGAGAAUACAUCAUUCCAUAUUUUGAUGACUAUGUUGUUUAAAAAAGGCCAUUUUGAAAGUGCUUUGGAAGUUCUGGCAGAAAUGAAAAAACAAGGUAUACCUUUCAACAAAGAAACAUAUCUACUUGCAUUUGCAAUAUGCUAUAAGCUGGACAGCCUGGAGUCUUCCAAAAUCUCUGCGAAAUUGCUUGAAGAAGCGCAGCUGAAAGGUGACACCUUGUCGCUGCGAGCGUACUGCUUUGCCAUGGCAACUGCUCUCAAGCAGAAUGAUGUAGCGCAAGCCAAACUUUAUUGCUCCCAGAUUAUGAAAACAGAGCACAAACUAUACAAUAAUCUUAAAGUUCUUGUCCAGCUCAGAUCUGGUUUGCUAGAAGAAGCAAUAAAGACACUAGAGGCAGCAGUGGAAGUAGAUACUCCUCCCUUUGUGAAAAAACUUGAGUUUUCUGAGCAGGUGCUGGCUACAGUCAGGGAAAAGAUGGAAGAAAACCCUAACCUUUCUGUCAAAUUAGGAGAUAUUUGUACAAAACUACAAGCUUCUGGACAGAUUACCAUGUGCACACUAGAAGACAUGCUUUUCCAGAUUCCUAAUUCAAAGAAGACUACUGCAAAGCUUUUAAGUCAGAAGCAAUUGGGCUAUCACGCUGCUAAUCCGCUUCAGUCAAAUCUGUUGUUGGAAUAGUUCAGUAUUUGGUGGCAAACUGAACUGGUGAUAACAUCUCUUAGAAGCCAGGUUCAAAUAAAAUGCCUUUUCUCGAUUUCCACAAUGAGCAAGUGACCUCUUCUAAUUUUCUGAUAUUAAGCUUCCCAGCGCAGCAGAUCUUGGCAUAAAUUUGCAAAGUUUCUUAGAGCAAGUACGAUCACAUUUUUAGACUAUAAUGACUGUGAUGGCUUUAAUGGCUCCAGAUCAAAUGUGCUUGAUCUGUAACUGUGAGUCCUGUACACCCAAAAAUCUGUACUCACUCACCAUCCAGAGUAGAAGGAGUCGGAAGCAGUUAUACCUUGGCUGGCCUUUGCGUGCUUUUGGUUUACUUCUGCCUAUGAAGUGAUGAACCUGUUGAUACAGAACUUGGCAGUCCUGUAGGCACUAGACUAGUUGGAGCCCAGCUUGGUACUCAUACUCUCCAAGCUGGGCUGCAUUCUCUCUCCUCUGGAUUCUGUUCUUUUUAUUUUCUCUCUGCCCCAGUCGAGCAAUGUCAGAACUCAGAGUAUACUUUCUAUGAAUGAAUCUGUGCAUGGUAUAUCAAACUUUGUUGAAGCCAGUGAGGCACUGUGAAGGAACAGGAACCCAUCCAUGCAGAAUUAUGGCUUCAAAGAAAAUGUGGCUACAGCACGCCAGAGGUUUCCGUCUGAGACUCUAACUCUCUGAUUUGUUGCUGUCACAAUAUGUCCUGUUAAUACUAAAAUGCACAAAAACUGUUACACAGUAGAGGGAACUUCAUACAAGUGUAAGUGAAGAAUCAUUUGAGUGUGUAUUACAUUUUUGUGAAUCACAUGCACAGUGUUUAUGAGUGGUGGCAUGAAC